CUCCGGUGUUUUCAGUUUUCGCAAACCUGUUCUUUGAUUUUAAUUUGAGUGGUAGUAUCUUUUGUCAAAACAUAACAAUACGUAAUUCAGAAUAUUCAAAGAAAUGUUAAAUCUUAUGAUUAAAACAAAGGAAGUUUUGUAGCCAGGGUAAGAAACUGAAAUGAAAAUGGUUAAUAUGCCAGGCUAUGCGAAUGAAGAUUGCUACAGAAGGAUACCAUAAUGCGAACAUUAGAAAGGCUACAUUGCAGAUGUUUCUAACAUCAAUACAUCAUUCAUUAUAAUAAUGUAUGAUGUAUGAUUUAUAAAUGUAGCAUCAUUGGUUCUAGAUCUUCUUUUUUCGAGUAAUGGACUGCAAAACAUUAAUGCAAGAAUCACAGUUUAUGCCCUUGGAAAAUACAAUUCUAAACGAAAUCAUUAUCCGUAAAGCUGAAGAAGAAUUAGGGGAGACUGAACAAAAACGGAAAGUAUGUCUUCAAGAACUUAAAAUAAUGAUUGAAGAGGAAAAGGAUUUGAAUGCAGACAUUUCUGAAGAGUUCCUCUUGGGUUUUUUACGAGUUAGAAAGUUCAGUGUUGAUGCAGCGUUUAAACUACUGAAGAAAUAUUACCUAAAUAGGCAAAUUUAUCCGAAUGUCUACCGCAACUUUACACCGAAACACUGUCAUAAAAUAUUGAAGGCAAAUUUUUUGAAUUUUUUGCCUUUAAGAAGCCCUGAAGGAGCUGCUGUCUGGGUGCCUCGACUAGGGAUUUGGGAUACUGAUAUUUUCUCCCCUGAAGAAGUUACAAAAUUUGGUUUGCUUUGUGCAGAAAAGGAAAUGAGAAAUCCCAUAACUCAAGUAUGUGGACUGAUAACUCUGGCAGAUAUGAAAGGAUUUUCUUGGUCCCAUUUUUUUCAGAUUACUAUACCUAAAAUAAAAUGCUUUGUGGAUACAGUUCAAGAUGGAAUACCUGUACGGAAUAAAGCAGUGCAUGUUAUAAAUAACCCCGGCAUUUUUAGCAUAUUAUUCGACAUCAUGAAACCUUUUUUAAGUAAAAAAUUGAGAAACAGGAUAUAUUUUCAUGGAGACAACUUGAGUAGCUUACAUCAGUUUCUUCCACCUCAAAUGCUGCCUGAGGAAUUUGGUGGAACACAGGGCUCGUUCGAAAAUGAACAAUUUUAUGAAUGCUUACUGGCCAAUGAAGAAGAAUUUCAACAAUACCAGAAAUUUGGAUAUUUUAGUUCUAAAAACUGAGAAAUGUUACAGCAUUUUACGUAUGUGUGAAACUUGCCGUACUUGAAUAUGAACAAAUUAAAAGUGAUAGUGAAUAUCUGACUCUCUGACAGUAUUAUAUCAUGUUACUAUAUAAAUUGAUGACUGAUGGAUAAAUUUUACUCAGCAAAGUGAUAUCUUGUGUACUUACUACCACACGGAAUCAAUUACUUUCAUAAAAUAUAAGCAAAGACUUUGAGCAACUAUGCUGCGGUUGGAAAUAGGUAGAAAACUGAUAUUAGUUUGAUUAUAACUAUAGUCAUCUGUUAAAUUAUUUUGUGAGUGUAGUUCGAGUUGAUUGCUGCAGUAUGCUGAAUUUUCUGCAUGAAACGUUUUGGAAAGAAAUUAUGAUGGACAUUUUUUCGAAAUGUAAAGAAUCUGACAAUAAUGUUUAGAAUGGAUAACUAAUCAAGUUACUAAUUAAUCUUAGUGGUUUCCAAGUGGCUUGGCAUUAGAUUCGUCUCCUGGAUAUUAAAUAUUUAUAUCUUAAAAGGUUUGUAAGAAAUAAAAGUAAUUGUUGUUUUUUUA